UGUUUGGGUCUGCAGCUGUACAGCACAGCCCAUAGGCUGCAGCCCAAACAGCUGCUUCUUGCUAUUUGGGCAGUUGGGCUGCAGCUAGCCAGCUACACAGCACAAGCACAACCCAUCAGCUGCAGCCCAAACAGCUGCCCAGAACAGUGCAGCCCAUCGGCUGCACCCGGACUUUCCCUUCUCGUUCCAGCGGCCUCGAGUCUGGAGAGGACUCGCCUGUUCUAGGGUUCGGUGCCCAGUCGCUGCUCGCGUCUCCGCCCUCCGGCCAGGUCACUGGCGCUAGGAGGCGCUAAAUCGAGUUGGCGACGCCUCCCUCACCCGUCCCCGAUCGACGUCGGGAGGCAUUCCUGGCGGCGUCAGCGUCGGCGUCGGCGUCCCCGCACGCGCGCACUACUGACUCAUCUGUGCAGAUCGAGCCGUCAGUGAGCAUGACAGAUCUUCCUUUAUAAGAAGAGUUGACAAUGUCAAUGGACAUUCCUAGGGGGCGUUUGGCUUGAAGAUAAUCACUCUCAACCAGCCAAACGUUCAAAAUUCCAACUGAUUCAGGAAUCCAAUGGAAUCCUCAAUCAAAGAAUCAAGGAGUAGAGCUGAAGAAUCAGGAAGUGGAGCUCUCCCAAACUUCUGUUAAUUUCGAUAACCGGCAUUCAGCUCUAGAAGAUAGCUGUUGCAAGAUACGCCACUGGAGGGUGACAACUCUGGCUUACUCCUCGACGUCAUCAUGCUCUGCACCUGAAGUUUGUGGCUACGAUCUGCAUACAACUCCAGCGAGGCACAACCCCGUCGAGAUGGAUCGAUGCCGUGCUCACUGGGACGACACCACCACAAGAAUAUUCCUGGACCUCUGCAUCGCCGAGAAGGAAAAGCAGAACUACAACAGCAAGGGGUUGACCAAGAUAGGGUGGCACAAUCUGUACCGCAACUUCAAGGAAGAGACACGCAGGUCUUAUGAUACCAAGCAGCUGCAGAACAAGUUCAACGGCCUGAAGAGGAUGUACAGCCUGUGGAGACUGCAGAACGACAAGGCUGGACCUGGAGGAGGAGGCGGGUGGGACAAGAGUUCGAGCACUGUUACACAGGAUGCUGACGGAUGGGACAACCAGAUCACGGAGACCAGUGCAGCAGAAGACUUCCGUGGCAAGGCGCUCGCGCACGAGGACGCGCUCGCCGUUCUUUUCGGCCCCAAAGACGGCACAAAUUCGCCGUCCGUAGGUGGUGGCGCCGGUGACAGAACACCAGGCGGGGGCGGAGGAGGCGAGGAAGAGAACCAUGCUCGAGCGUCAGGGGACAAUGCCGCUUGUCCGGAGGAGAGCCUGGGGUGUUACAGGUCUGGCCGUGCGUCCCCAUGGUCAAGCCAGGACCACCACAUCCACAUGGUCGGCAGCCGCCCAGCCAAGAAGCCUAAGAACACGGGGUACUAUGCCGAAGGCGUGUCCGAGAGCAUGCUCGGAAGCAGGAACGAGAGCAGCAGUGCCAUCAGGCGUGAGCAAGAAGAGGUGGUAGAGUUGCUGCAGCUCGUAGAAAAGGACGGCGUGUCUCAGGGAUCUGAGCUGUUCUUCAUAGCUACUGAGCUGUUUAGGUCGCCGAUCCGACGCGCGGCAUUUAGGUGCAUCACCACUCCGAAGAACCGAGUUGCAUGGCUCCGGUGGACUUGGGACAAUGUUAAGAUGUGAUGAUGGCGGCGUUCUUGCUUAGUUUUCAGUUGCCUGUACUGAGAAUUCUUCCUCGGGCAGUUCGUGAGAAACUAGUUGUAUUGUAUUAUACCCUGUCCUGUCCGUUCUUUUUUAUUUGUCGUGUUUUAGUUGCGACAAAUAUUCGAGAUCGGAUUUAGUAUUAUUGUAAAUAUAUACAGAUUUCCAGCACAGCGCGUUCUGUCAAUAUAUACAAUGCACACAUAAAAGUA